AUGAAGACUCCUCCUAAUUCUGAAGAUGAAUUGGAAUCUGAUGGAGAAUCGGAUGAAUUUCCAAUCUUUCAGGAGGGCCAGAGAUUUGGUGAGUUGCAAAUGCAAGUGGGAAUGAAGUUUAACACUAAGCAAGACUUCAGGGAUGCUGUGCGAGAGUUUACCAUUCAAGAGGGUAGGAGGAUUAAGUUUGUGAAGAAUGACAAUGUGAGGUGUAGGGCAGUGUGCCAGGUAGAAGAGUGCUCAUGGGUUGUUUAUGCCUCAAGGGAUCAUGAGGACUCUUGCUGGAAAAUCAAGACUUUUUAUGAUGAUCAUACAUGUCCGAGAGAGAAUUCUAAUAGGGCUGCAAACAGAGCUUGGCUGGCAAGUAAGUUGGUCAAAAAGGUUAGAAAGUAUCCCAACUUCAAGCAAUGUGAGGCUGCAACCUAUUUUAGGUCAAAGUGUGAUCUCAUCUUGCAUAGGAAUUCAUUAGCACGAGCCUUGGCUGAUGCAAGAAAUGUUGUAUACGGGGAUGAAAAGGCACAGUAUGCCUUGUUAAGGGAUUAUGCUGAAACGCUGCUAAAGACCAAUCCGGGAUCCACUAUAAAGAUUGGGGUUACUCCAUUUCCUGACGGACAAGUAAUGUUUGAUAAAAUGUACAUCUGCUUGAGUGGAUGCAAGAAUGGGUUUAAAGCUGGGUGUAGGCCUUUAAUCGGCCUCGAUGGAGCAUUUCUAAAGACGCAGAUUGGUGGACAGAUAUUAUCAGCUGUCGCACAAGAUGCAAAUCACCAUAUUUAUGUGGUUGCGUGGGCUAUAGUCAACAUUGAAAACAAGGAGAAAUGGAAAUGGUUUUUGGAGUAA